CGCCCCCUCCCCUCGAUUGUUGGCUCCGGAUGUUUCGAGCCGCCUCUGUCAGUAAGUUCGGAGCUGGCCGAGCGCGGGGAGCGAAAAGAAGGAGGAGGGAGAGGCGCCACCGAGGAGACGUUUACCUGAGAGCCUCGGCUACGAACUGGCCCCGCCGGUGGGGAGACAGCGGCCGCCGCCGCGGGGAGGCGAAGCCACCACCGCCGCCGCUGAGGAGAAGGAAGAAGAAGGAGGGGGGUGGUGGGAGAGAGCGGGAGGACCAUCAUGUGGCGCCUUGUUUCGCUCAAGUUCGGCCGCCUGUACCGCUACGUGAAGCUGCUGUUCGCCGCCAGCCUGCUGGUCGUCAUGCUGAUGAACACUCACUCCCUCCUCGCCUCCUUCCAGCGGAACGAGCUGACCGAGCGCCGCUUCCUCAGCCUCAAUAAGUGCCCGGCGUGCUUCGGGACCAGCUGGUGCCGCAAGUUCAUGAACGGCCAGCUGAGCUUCGAGGGCUGGAGCCGGCUCCGCCUCCUCGACUUCUUCAACGUCAAGAACGUCCACUUCGCCCAGUACGGAGAGCCCCGCGAGGGCAGCCGGAGGGUCGUCCUCAAACGCCUCGGCUCGAACCAAGAGCUGGCCGAUCUAGACCAGAGGAUCUGUAAGAGAGCCACCGGCCGGCCCCGAUGUGAUCUGCUCCAGGCCAUGUAUAAGACUGACUUCGCCCGCCUCAAUGGAGACGUCCGCCUGCUUACCCCGGACGUGGUGGAGGGAUGGUCCGAUCUGGUGCACUGCCCCUCGCAGAGACUGCUAGACAGAGUGGUCCGCCGCUAUGCUGAGACCAAGGACUCCGGCAGCUUCCUGCUCAAGAACCUCAAGGACGCCGAACGUAUGCAGCUACUGCUCACCCUGGCCUUCAACCCAGAGCCCCUUGUACUGCAGAGUUUCCCAUCGGAUGAAGGCUGGCCUUUUGCUAAAUACCUGGGAGCAUGCGGAAGAAUGGUGGCUGUGAAUUAUGUAGGUGAAGAACUUUGGAGUUUCUACAAUGCUCCAUGGGAAAAGCGUGUGGACCUUGCAUGGCAGCUAAUGGAAAUUGCUGAGCAGCUCACAAAUAAUGACUUUGAAUUUGCACUUUACCUCUUAGAUGUCAGCUUUGACAACUUUGCAGUUGGAUCUCGAGAUGGAAAAGUAAUCAUCGUUGAUGCUGAGAAUGUCUUGGUAGCUGAUAAAAAAUUAAUAAAACAAAAUAAACCAGAAAACUGGGAUGUAUGGUAUGAAAGCAAAUUUGAUGACUGUGACAAAGAAGCAUGCUUGUCCUUCUCAAAAGAAAUUCUUUGUUCUCGAACUACAGUGGACCAUAACUACUAUGCUAUUUGCCAGAACCUCUUAUGUAGACAUGCUACCUGGCGUGGCACCUCUGGGGGUCUCCUUCACGACCCUCCGGCAGAAAUUGUCAAAGAUGGCCAUCUUGGGGAAUUGCUGGACGAAUGUGCAAACCCAAAGAAACGAUAUGGCAGGUUUAAAGCUGCUAAGGAAUUAAAAGAAUACCUUGCACAGCUAAGUAAUAAUGUGAGGUAGUCUAUACCGUUCUCUUUAUUUUUUAUUUUUUUUCUGUCUAACAAAUGAAAAGUGCAAUUAGCUAGAGCACGUACCAGCUUAAGUUACUGUUGUGUAGCCAGGCAUUCUAAAUAGAAGCUUUGUAAAUGCCAUGAAAUAGAACUGAAGUGGGAAAGAGUGGUAUCCAAUGCUUUGCAAUCAAGCCAGGUACGUGUUUCUAUCUAAUUAAAACUUAAACUACUAUUGAUUUUUCUCUCCGAUUACUCGAGAGACAGAUCACGAGAUCUCCAGGUGACUGGAGGAAAACUGACUUUGGUAGCUUAAUUGAUUAUUCAUGUGUCAAAUAGUAGUUGACAUGACAUAUUACAUUGGUAUCACAAUUUUUGUGAAGCUGAUGCCUUUACUUGGAAAGUUCAAGUUAAGACUGCUGGCCUGUUUUAAAGGCUUUUUUCUUAAGUCAUUUCAUAUUUGUAUGUUGAGGCACCGAUCCUUUUUUAUUUUUUUAUUUUUUUGGGUCUUAUCUAUGUUGCGUUUUUGUUUCCUAAUAUCAUUUUUUUUUUUUUACAUAUGCUGUAAAUAUAGUCUAAUUCUGCAUUAAAAUAUAGUCAUUGUUUAGUUUUCUUUAAAGAAUUUAUUUGACUUGACCAUUGUUUUCUCAUUUAUUGUUUCCUGUCAAUAUUGGUGCACCCAAGUUGUGGUUAUGAAUUGGACACAUAAGAUGUACACCAAAGAGAUAAUGACCAGCAACAUUCCUGGAUACAAUUUACAUGGGAAGGUCAUUUGGAGAAGUUAAGGCUGCAAUUGCUUGAAUUUCAUCCAAUUUCCAGCUGAAUUUGAAGUUGUGGGUGGCAAUGUCGGCGCUCUUCGGCUUAACGAGUCCAUUUUUCAAUUUGGUGGGAAAUUGGUGGCCUGACAGUGACUGACUGCAGCACUUUGGAGACAGUCACCGUUCAGGUAUUCUGAUGGCUGUGGGUGCUGCUAUUUGCAAAUUGUAGCCAGCAGGGGAGAUUCCUUCCUUCAGGCUGUUGGCGAAAUCUAUUAGAUUUAUCUUGUUCAGUCUGCAGGCUGAAAGAGGGAAAUAUAUGGCUAGCUUUAAAGGCAACGGGGUGUUGUGUGUGUGUGUGUGUGUGUUUUUUUUUUUUUUUUUUACCUCCCAGUUAAGGCAAGACUUAACGGCAGCAUCUGAUACUACAGAUCUCGGUCACGUUUUACUUGUACAUUGUUAAGUAAAUUUACCAAGCUUAAAAUUAUUUUAAAGAAAUUUGGUAAGGUUGAAAGAUGCCUUAGCACAUUCAAGAUUUUUUUUUUCUUCUUUUUUUUUUUUACCAAUUUAGCUCUUGGAUGUUCUUCUAGCUCAAAGUUUAACAUAUUUUAGAAGCUCAUUUUAAAUUGUUUUUAUUUUAAAUAAAAAAAAAAAAAAUAGCUUGCUAUUGUCCAUUUUUUUUUUUUUUUAAAUAUAAAACUACCACACAUUGUUGCUUCCAGGUGUUUUGUAGGCUUUCAAGAUUGUCGGAAAGAGCAGAAGUUGUAAUGAUAUCUAGCAACAGAUGAAGACUGAUUUUAUAGAGCACUCACAAAGUCAGUACAUGUCUAGUAUGAGUGGAAAACUAGUCAAGUUUUUAAGCUGAACGCUUUCCUAACUUAAUAUUUUAAGUGUGCACUUAAUAUUUUAAGAUUAUAAAAGUGUAUGAAUCACGUGCUUACCUACCUGUUAGCCUUCAGACUAAUCAUUUUGAAGCACCUUGAAUCCUUAGCCCAGGCUGUACUUGGGAUCUCAUCUUCUGCUGAAGUGGAGAUUGUACCAAACCCUUAGCUAUUAAAAGCCAGAUGUACACCGGUAUGGAGCAACUACAAGGUGUCUUCACUUUUUCCUUCAUGUUCUGAGGGUCAAGGUCUGCUUUAACACCACCUUACCCCCAGGGAAUAAACCAGUAUUCCACUAGAGGAGUGAAGAAAAACCAGAAACUCCCAGACUAAGAACAAUCCUAUAUAGCAAACUCCACUUUCAGGCAAAUUGUGUUCUUGCAAUACGUUCCUCUUCUCGUCCUACAGAGGCUGCAUAUUACCAUGUGCUAAGGUUCCCUUUAAGGAAACUGUAUAUAAAAUAUACAUUUUUAUAAAAAUUUAAGAAGAAACUUCUGUCCAGGCUUAAAUCUUGCUCGCCAUGUUUUUAAUCUGUUUGGAAUUGGGAGAUUGUUUACAAAACAGAACAUUAAGCUAUUGGUGCACACUCUGUAUUUGGGACCCUGCAUCUCAAGGAAGCUACUUUUUGUAUGAAUAACUUAUUAAAAGUAUGUGCAGGAGCUUUGAGUUGCCUACUUCCAUACCGCAUAUUGGUAACAUGUGAAAAAAAUCUGUUGACUAGUUUCCUCCAAGAAAUCUGUCUUGUAUAUUGCCUUUUAACCUGAUCAAUUAUGGGGCUGCAAAGGAAUAAAAUGCUUUAUUCCCAUUCCAGUUUUAUUGCGGGUUGAAUUCCAUGUCUGUGGUAACAAGAUCAUUUCCGCUAUAAGAUCUGAAGAUCUGUGCUCUGUGAAGCCAAUAUAGACAGGGUUAAUUAUGUUAAUUUUUACUCCAUAGCACCUUUCUCAAAAUUACAAAGCACAUGAGCAUGUUAGAAUUUUUAGUUAACCAGCAAUUUCAAAAUAUUUAUUUUUUACGUUCUGCUUUGUUAAUAGAAACGUAACGCAAACAUAGUAGAUUUUAUCCCAGUUUGACUGCAAAAGUGGAAAUACACGUCAAGGUCCUACAUUUGUAGUAAUUGUUGUAUUUUAUUACAGUGUGCACGUUUAUUUUGGUCUUGCGUUGACACUUGCUCUUCCCUUUUGGUUAUGAAGGAAGAAAACCAGAGGAAACCUAGUUUCUCCCUCAAGCGUUCUUUUUCAUGUGCGUUUUUUUUUUUUUUUCUUCCCCCUUGAUCAAAUUAUAAUGCUUUUUGAAGCCCUUACACUAACCUGUUUGUUCAAAAAGUGAAUACACUGGGAAUUCAGAUCAAAAUAGAUUUAUGUUUAAAUUGUUCUUAUGUAUUUGAUUUUUAUACCAUGCUGACACACGCGACAUGUGUUUUACUCUCUUCCACAAAAUGCAAUGUUGCGCAUACAUGUCUGUGCCACCAUGUUAAAAAAAGGUAUGCAAACUUGCCUUAGAACUCAAUUUUGUGAAAUUCUAUUUUGAGUUUGGCUUUUGUACUGGCUUCAGGUUUUU